AUGUUUGUUCCCCAGCACCGCCGCCACGCCUCCGCAUUUGGUGUGUCCACAGACAACGACAUGCUUUACACUGAGAUGGCGGACGGCGAAUUCGAUGACAGCACAGGAACUGAGAUCGGAGGGGUGCAGGAUGUUUGCGAUAUUGCGGUGAACGAACACGUCGCCUGGAUGGAAGCCAAGCAGGGUCGUCUCGGGGCACCGCGAGUCGGAGCACCCGAUCCAGAGGAUCUCGGGCUGCUGGCUGGCUGA